GAAUGCUUCCAGCAGGAAGAGUUCAGAGCUGGCAGUGAACUACACGGCCAAGAAGUCCUACUGCCGGAGAGCCGUUGAACUCACGUUGGGCAGCCUGGGCGUCAGCAGUGAGCUCCAGCAGAAGCUGCAGGAUGUUGUCGUGGACAGAAAUGCCCUCAGCCUGGGGAAGGUCCUGGGAGAGGGGGAGUUCGGGUCAGUGAUGGAGGGGCACCUCAGCCAGCCCGACGGCAUCCCACAGAAGGUGGCUGUGAAGACCAUGAAGUUGGAUAACUUUUCCCAAAGGGAGAUAGAAGAGUUCCUCAGCGAAGCAGCAUGCAUGAAGGACUUUGACCAUCCUAAUGUCAUCAAGCUCCUAGGUGUGUGCAUUGAGCUGAGCUCCCAGCAGGUCCCCAAGCCCAUGGUGAUUCUCCCAUUUAUGAAAUACGGUGACCUUCACAGCUUCCUGCUUCGCUCGCGGCUGGAGAUGGCCCCUCAGUUUGUGCCCCUGCAGAUGCUGGUGAAAUUCAUGGUUGAUAUCGCCCUGGGGAUGGAGUAUCUGAGCAGUCGGCACUUUCUCCACAGGGAUUUGGCAGCUCGAAACUGCAUGUUACGGGAUGACAUGACAGUAUGUGUGGCAGACUUUGGUUUGUCAAAGAAGAUUUACAGUGGCGAUUACUACCGUCAGGGCCGAAUAGCAAAAAUGCCAGUGAAGUGGAUUGCCAUUGAAUCCCUGGCUGACCGUGUCUACACCACCAAGAGCGAUGUGUGGGCAUUUGGCGUUACCAUGUGGGAGAUAGCGACGCGAGGGAUGACGCCCUACCCAGGAGUGCAGAACCAUGAGAUCUACGAGUACCUCUUCCGUGGGCAGCGCCUGAAGAAGCCUGAGGACUGCUUGGAUGAGCUGUAUGAAAUAAUGUCUGCGUGCUGGAGAGCCGAUCCUGCCACCCGCCCGACAUUCUCGCAGCUGAAGGUCCACCUGGAGAAGCUGCUGGAAAAUCUACCCACAGUCAGGGGAUCUGGAGAUAUCAUCUACAUCAACACCAGCUUGCCCGAGGAGAGCCCAGACUCCACCCAGGAUUCGGGUUUCCCCCAAGCGGACUGUGAUUUGGACCCUGGGGACGUUGCGGAGCCCUGCUCCCCCCAAGCGGAGGCUGCGCUGGUGGCCGUGGAUGUCCACCACAACGAGCAAUGGGAGACGAGGUACGUCCUGGAGGAGCAGCUCGGCGGUCCCAUGGAGGAGGCCUACGUCCCACUGCUGCCCGAGGGUGCAGCCAGCAAGGACUUGGCAUGGACCCAGGCCAGCACCUUGCCCGCCGGUGGCUCGCUCGCCCCGGGGCUGCCGCAUACCGAUAUCUGUGUGCAGGACUCUGAAGUGCUGCUGUGA